AUGGCGCUCAAAAACCUGCCGAUCCAGCCCAGCAACGUUUCGAUUGCCCCAAACCCGAAACCCAACGCUACUCGCGAUACACGGAAACCUGGAGGCCACGGCCUUGUGAUUCGUACUUCCAGGCAAUGGGUGCUUCCUCCAAGGCCCAAACCGGGCCGUAAACCGUGUUUGAGCGCUCUACAACGAGGAUCCAAGUCAAGUCCACCAACGCAGCAAAACUGCGGGAACGGAAAUCCAGCCACCGAUAACACCUGUGUGGCUCGUCCACCAAGGGCGAAUAGCAUUAGUGGAAGUGGGAAAUGUGACAAAAAAGUGGGAACUGAACAAAGCUUGGAAUCGCAAACGGAACCCAAAAUUGGGCCAAAAACCCUAGUGAAGCCUGAAGUUAAAACGGAACCGAUGCCACUGCUCUCGUCUUCGUCAUCAUCGCCCAUUUCUUCAAUCCCAGCACCUGCGCCAGCAACUCGCUCAAUUUCGCCGCUAUCAACACAACCCAUUGUGGCCCCUGUACCUCCCGUCACGGCGAUUACGAGCUCUGCGUCCAAUGAACCCGCCUCUGUCUCAGAAAACACUUCACGCCCCGCCUCUGCCGUGCCACGCACCAACGUACCGCUGCCAUCAUUAGAGCCCUCAAAUGCUCCUUUACGGUCCAUCGCGUUGGUCUCAAAACAGCAAGUUCAAGGACCGACACUUCCCCGUCAAUCCUUGUCUCCCACGUCUCCAGGAACCACGUCUGCGUCGGCUACAACCACUAUACGACCCCAACAAUCGUUACCGGCUACUGGCGCUCAAACUGUCAAGAAACUCACCAAAACUGCUUUGAAAAAGGAGAUUCAACACUUGAAGUUAGAGAAUUUCAAACUCAAACAGGAAAUGGGUCAUUUGGUUGGUCAUUUGCAAGACCUCAAACAUAAAUUUUCCGCGCGCAACGAAGCCUCUUCUGCCAUUGCACCUGCUAGCCUACAUUCAAACUGUAAUAAGAAAAGAGCAUUUUUGGACUCAAUGGAACAGAAGGAGUUCUUCGACAACACAGAGAGUUUCCUCAAGUUUGAGGACGAUGACGCUGAAGCUGAUGAUGCCUCACAUACGAUCAUAUCGGCAGCCCACAUGAAACCCACCAUGUCAUUUUCGUCCCAAUACAGCUCGAAAACUAAUUUGACAGACGACGAAGAUCCUGGAUUUUCGUCGUCUACGCCCAGUUCCUUGUUUUCUGCAGAAUUGCAAAGAACGGUCACCAAUAGCAGCCUUGCAAGUUCGCAACCCUAUCACCAUCAUUUGCAAUCACUUCAAAACACGAGUUCAACUUCAAGUUAUUCGCCUCUUCUUCAUGGAAGCAGCAGUCCUUCUAGUUUGGUGGCCAAUAAAAUACAACCACAUCCUCUUGACGGUAUGAGGUUUGUCGACGACUACGAACAUCAAGAUUUUUACAGCAAACAUCGUCAAUUGUUCGAAAAUAGAGUUGCUCCUAGUCUUCCCAGCACUUCAAGCGUUUCUCCGUCGGCAUCGAAUCAGCUCGGCGACUUUCAUUUAGACGCCAUCAAGGAAGAAGAUAUGGAUUUCCGACUCGAACAUGACUUUGGUAACGAAAACGUGAGUAUACUGAAUUUCUUGGAAAAUCAUAGCUCGAGAUUCGACAACGACACAGCAGCCACCACAGCAGUGACAAACACUGUUCCAAGAUGGCUUAUGAAGGAAGAACAAGAGGUGGAAAAGUCAGACAUGAGUGUUUUCCAGAAUUUCAGUCCUGAGCCUGAGUUAUUAAAGGCAGAGUUCCGCAUGCCGCCUUCGCUGGAAGAAUUGAUGGGGGAGGCGGAUGCUCCUGAGAUUAAAAGAGAAGAUGACGAAGAAGACGAUUUGUCUCGAAUGAAUAUUUUUGAUUUUGCCUAA